GAAUAGGACGCGGGUAUGCCACAAAACCCGGCAAUUGUGGGAGCUAAGACAAGUGGGUCUGAGGUUUAUGUUUUUUAUUGUACGAAACAAUUGGCAAAGGAACAAAAGGAUGAUUGUGAUCCUGAUUUGAGGUUAAGGGGUCAUGAUAUGGAAGGGUAUGGGUUGUCUUGGAGUCCCCUCAAGGAGGGAUUCCUUUUAAGUGGCUCUCAUGACCAUAAGAUAUGUUUGUGGGAUGUGUCUGCCAUGGCUCAAGAUAAGGUGCUUGAUGCAUUGCAUGUUUAUGAGGCUCAUGAAAGUGUUGUUGAAGAUGUAUCCUAGCAUUCAAAGAAUGAAAAUUUAUUUGGGUCUGUAGGGGAGGAUUGUUGAUUGGU